AUGACCUCUUCAACAUCUGCAAAUAUCGAACAAACAGUUCAACCUCGAAAUUCUGAGCCGGCAAAACUUAGCAUUUAUACAGGCCCAGAAUCCUCUGAAACGAAAACAUGGUCAAAGCCACUUCCUACACCGGACUUUUUGAAUCUUGGGAGGACUCCAUUACCAUUUCCUCCACCACUUAAUCGAGAAAUGUUUUCUACACCCGAUUUCAACAGCGAUCAUUUCCUGGCAAAUAGACGUCACUUAACCUUGGAUGAAUUGAAAAAAGAAUUGAAUGUGCAUUUGAAAAGUUUGAAAAGCGAACUUGUGGAAAUGAUUAAUAGAGAUUAUGCUAGUUUCGUGGAUCUUUCUACAAAUUUAAAAGGUGUGGAUAAAGUCAUCGAAGAAGUUGCAAGGCCACUGGGAAAAAUGAGAGAAGAAAACGUCCGUACAACUUUUCAGAAUGUUGUGGAUUCAUUAGAAAAUCAAUUAUCUCACCGGGCCUCCAUACGAGAAAAGAAGGCUUCCUUACAACUGCUUAUUAAUAUCCAUGAAUCUGUUCGUAAAGUCGAAAAUUUAUUGUUAAUUAGUAGCGAGAGUGCAUCAUCUCUUUUAUCGAAAGACGAUAGUGGAAACAGUGCAAAACAAAUCGAGCGCGUGGCAAUUGAAUAUAAUCAGAUGCAAUACUUGGUCAGCAAAGGGAAAGAUCUACCUUUUGUUGCGAAUAUUGAUUGGAGGAUCACUAGAAUAAAAGAAACUUUGCGUACAAAUUUAUCAUCUGCUCUUCGAUCUGCUUUGCACAGCAUUAAAAAUCAAUCAAACAACGCUUCUUCAAAAGAAACUUUGACCCAGAUUUUGAGGACAUAUGCCUUGAUUGACCAAACCAAAUCUGCAGAAUCAGUGAUAAGAACAGAAUUGGUAGCUCCAAGCAUCAAUGAAAUAGUUAGCCGACCAAUUCUUGAAAAUCAGACACAGCCAAUUCCUUAUACAUCUGCUAUAUCUUCAACGCGUCCUGCCACAAAAGCUUCUAAAGCUCGCUAUAGCCUGCAAUAUUCAAAAGAGCCUUUAGCACUUAUGUAUAACCGAAUUCUUACGCUCAUCAAUACUGAUUGGUUUAUCCUUUUGGAGAUUACCAGGAAAAUUCUUAAGGGUACUAGUUUUGAAAUUCUGAAUUACUCUAUAUCAAUGAAUUUUGUCUCAGAUAUUGAAAAGAUGGCAGCUGCCAGUUUAUUUUCAAUUGCGGAAAUUUCAUCUCAAGUUGAGAGUACAUUAAUUUCUGCGAUUGGUAUACCAGUUGAUAGCGCUAAUGAUUUGCAAUCAACAUUAAAGCUCCCUGCAAGCAAAUCAUUAGUAUUUGCAAUAGAACGUUGUUGGGCUGACGAUGUGUUUGUUUAUGGACUUUCUCACCGAUUUUGGAAGCUGACUCUACAGCUAAUUCAAAGAUACAAAAAUUGGGUACUAAUGGGUUUGACUGAUUUAUUAUCUGAAACAAAUUCACAAGGAAAUGAUAAGUUAGAUUCUCCCGUUUUACGACCGUCAAAUAGCCCAGCCCUCAUAGAAGCGCAAGAGGAACAGUUGUUAAAGUUAUUGACAAUUGUGGCUCAUGAUGUUGAAAAUAUGACAUUAAAGAUUAAAGAAAUUUAUCAAGAGCAUAUUGUCACAAGACUUCCAGAAUCUAUGAGUGACCAACCAGCUAUAGAAGAGAGUAUAUCAAGUUCAUUGUCUUCUAUGCAAUCGGAUCUUCCAGAUUUGAAUCAAAAGAUUGCAACCGUUCUUACAAAAAGAUGCACCGAAACCUUACGUCAGCACAUUCGUAGCGUUAUAACUCAAUUCCGUGGAUCAAACACCAAACCCCCUACGGAGGCAUCAUAUUUUGUCCCUCAUAUUAUUAAGCCAUUGAUUACAUUUUGUAAGGUUAAUAAAGAGCUUCUCAGUGACAAAAGACGGAAUGAAUGUAAUUCAAUCGUGGCUGAUGCUGUCGCAAUACGAUAUUACAACAUUGUAUUUGAGCAUCUCACAACAUUGAAGAAAACAGAAGAAAGCUCUAAAAUUAUGAAGCGUUUAAAAAAGGGCAAAAGUACCAGAAGUUCUUUUUUUGCUGGAAAUAGUAAUGGGGAUGGCGGUGACGAAUCUGGUGCAUUAAUGAGUGAUGAGGACAAAAUUAGGUUACAAAUAUUAUUAGAUGUAAAGCAAUUUGGAAAAGAGUUGACAAAUAUAGGAUUAAAUCCUUUAGAAAUCAAAGGAUAUACCGAAUUGUACAAAGUCGUCGAGCCUUAUG